CGAUCAAAAGCUCACAUUAAGAGAGAGAAGUAGACAACAAGUCUUUCACAUUAAAAAAAAAAAAAAAAAAAAAAACCCACCGGAGAAAAAAAAGAAGAAGAAGAUGUCGUGGCAAUCGUACGUUGAUGACCACCUCAUGUGCGACGUCGAAGGCAGCCAGCUCACCGCCGCCGCUAUUCUCGGCCAAGACGGCAGUGUCUGGGCUCAGAGCGCCAAUUUCCCUCAGUUGAAGAGUGAAGAAAUCAAAGGAAUCACAAAGGACUUCGAGGAGCCUGGGCAUCUUGCACCAACCGGACUCUUUCUGGGUGGAGCCAAGUACAUGGUUAUUCAAGGUGAGCCAGGAGCUGUGAUCCGAGGCAAGAAGGGACCUGGAGGAGUUACUAUCAAGAAGACGAAUCAAGCAUUGGUCAUUGGCAUCUACGAGGAGCCCAUGACUGGUGGUCAAUGCAACUUGGUUGUGGAGAGGCUCGGGGAUUACCUCAUCGAGUCUGAUCUCUAAAUUUUUCAGUUUCAAAAGUCUCUUCUUUUCAUUGUGAUUGAAUCGUAAUGCUAUCAAAACGCAAAUCAAUUUGAAGCUUUUGAACCAAUAUCUUGUUGUUGGUCUUUGUUACUACCCGGUUUGUGUGUCUUAUGUAAUGGCAUUUUGAUCAUCUUUUUAUCCCUCCAUAUGCAUUGUGUUUUUUUUUU